AUGAACACUGAUAAUAUACGUCGAAAACGUCGAAUGUCUCCAACACAUACAACAAAUCAACGUGAACGUGAUCGGACGCAUUCAGUUAAUUCAGCAUUUGUUGAACUACGUCAUCUUAUUCCAACUGAACCAGCCGAUAGAAAAUUAUCAAAAAUUGAAACACUUCGUCUUGCUGUUAGUUAUAUAAAUCAUCUUCAUUGUGUACUUAGUUUACCUAAUGUAACACAAAAUCAUUGUGCUUUUAUUCAAAUGAGAAAUAAUGAUAAUAAUCAUGAUGAUAAUAAUGAACAACAUUUAUGUACUUUUUGUGUUAAUCAUUCAUCAUUAUCAAAUUAA